ACUUGUGUUCACUUGUUUGCCAUUCGUCGUUACAUUUCAUAGUGAUGAGUUUCUCCGGUAACGUUGUUCUAGUGACGGGCGCAAGCUCCGGUAUAGGAGCGGCCACCGCCAUCUUGUUUUCCAAAGAAGGAGCCAGCGUUGCCAUUGUUGGCAGAAACGAAGAGAAACUUGGCAACGUCGCGCAGAAGUGCGCGCAGGCAGGAGCGCAACCGCUCGUCAUCAGAGCUGAUGUUUCUAAUGAAGAAGAAGCCAGCACUAUUGUCAAGAAAACGGUAGAUCGGUUUGGAAAACUUGAUGUUUUAGUGAACAACGCAGGGAUUGUCAGAAUGGUUCCCGUCGCUGAUCCAAAUAUUUUGAAAGUAUUCGAUGAAGUUAUGAACACAAAUCUUCGAUCCAUCGUUCAGUUAACCAGUCUCGCUGUACCGUUUCUAAAAGAGACUAAAGGAAAUAUAGUAAAUGUGUCGAGUAUAGCGUCAACUAAAGUUGUUGCUGAGAGUUGUAUGCCUUAUUGUGUGUCAAAGGCAGGAGUGGAUCACUUCACUCGUUGCGCUGCCUUGGAGCUGGCGGAGUCUGGUGUGAGAGUGAACAGUGUGAACCCUGGGCCGGUGAGGACGGAUAUCUGUGAGAAUGCUGGUAUGGUGCCUCCUGGAGCUGGUGAUGUAACCUGGGAGCAAGCGAAGGUGAUGACAGCAUUGAACAGAGUCGGGGAGCCGGAGGAGAUCGCUGAUGUCAUCGCGUUUCUGGCCAGCGAUAAGGCGAGGAGCAUCACCGGUUCUGCUUACGUCUCUGACAAUGGUCAGUUGUUGAAGUGAAAAUGUGAGAACCCUACAGUUAAACAAGUGUACUAAUACAAUAGGCUACUAGACUCAUAUCGAAUUUGGCACAAUAAAUGAUUGUCUUCUGUAGUAUUUGACAUAAUAAACCAAUAUCGAUA